AUUAGGGUAUUUUUGCCAUGGAGAGAGCUUUCACAAACAUAGUAGACGACGGCCUGAAACGAACUGCCGAUCGAAGAUCAUCGGAGGUUUCUCCCGCGAAGCGGUAUCAGUUGAAGAUCAUUCAAUGAUUGCGUAUACUUUAUGAACUAAAAUGAACGAUUCAAUAAGCGGUAAAUUAGCAAAUUCAAGUUAAUCUAUAUCAAAUUGUUGCUGCGCCUAAUGUCAGUUUGUAAUUGAUUAUGCAGAUUUGUUGAUGGCCUUGUCAGAAGAAUUGCAUUCAUUAACAUCUCAAGCUUCUGUUUGCAGUUCAUCUUCGAAUGUUGCAUCAACUGCAGUUGUUGAAGCUCCGAAUCAUAUUAGAGGCCAACAGAAAGGGAAAUAGCAUAUCUCUCUUUCUCUUUCGUCUCCUUCAGUGCCUGUCUCGAUGCCACAUGAACGGUUUAUCUCACUUUUGCACCAAUGUUCUAAAUCCAAGGAUUUUCUGCGAGGGAUCCAUAUUCACUCAACUCUAGUGAAGAAUGGAAUGUUAUCCAAUCUUCUAAUUUCCAAUCACCUUAUCAAUGUCUACGCUAAAUGUGGGAAAGUUGAUAAUGCAAAGAAGGUGUUUGAUGAAAUGCCUCACAGAAACCUUGUGUCCUGGUCUGCUUUAUUAUCUGGCUAUGUUCAAGCUGGGGAACCUUUGUUAGCAAUUGACCUCUUCUCCAGAUUGAAAAUGCAACCAAAUGAAUUCGUUUUAUCUAGUGUUAUAAGUGCUUGUGCUACUCUUGUGUUCUCUCUACAAGGUCAACAAGUUCAUGCAUUGUCGGUAAAACUUGGUUACUCAUCUGUUUCCUUUGUUUCCAAUUCUCUAAUUACAAUGUAUAUGAAGUCUGGUCAAUCCAAUGAUGCUCUUUUGGUUUUCAGUCAAGCUUCUUGUCUAAACACAGUCUCAUAUAAUGCUGUAAUAGCAGGGCUGGUGGAAAACAAACUACCCGACAAGGGAUUUGAAGUUUUCAAACAAAUGCGAAAGCAAGGUUUCCUUCCUGAUUACUUCACUUUCGUUGGACUGUUGGCGAAUUGCACUAGUUCCAAUUAUUCUCAAAUAGGUAUGGAAUUGCAUUGCGAGAUGAUCAAGUUUAAGCUCGAUCGUACCACUUUUAUAGGUAAUACACUAGUUACUAUGUACUCUAAGUUUGAUAUGAUUGAAGCAAAGAAGGCCUUUAUGAUGAUUGAAGAGAAGGAUAUUAUUUCAUGGAACACACUAAUAACUGCAUAUUCUAGUUUCGAUAAUCAUGCUAUGGCUUUGAGUAUUUUCGUAAGAAUGAUAGGUUUUGAGAAUUUAGAACCGGAUGCUUUCACAUACUCGGCUGCUCUUGCAGCCUGUGUUGGCCUUUCUUCUGUUCGUCAAGGAAAGGAGAUUCACGCUUAUCUUCUUCGAAUGGAGAUUGCUCAGGAUAUUGGGGUUGGUAAUGCUUUAAUAAACAUGUAUGCAAAAUGUGGCUUUGUUGAAUAUGCAUAUACUGUUUUCUGUCAAAUGGGUUGCAGAGAUAUUGUGACAUGGAACAGUAUAAUAGCUGGACUCGGUUAUCAUGGUUUUGUAGGAAAAUCGCUUGAAUUGUUCGAGAAAAUGAAAAGAAUCGGUCUUCAACCCGAUUCCAUUACGUUUCUUGGGGUUUUAGCAGCUUGUAAUCACGCUGGUUUUGUUAACGAGGGGAGAGACUACUUCAACUCGAUGGUAAAAAUGACUGGAAUUGCCCCUAGCGUUGAACAUAUCUCUUGCUUAAUAGAUUUACUUGCAAGAGCAGGGAAGAUAAACGAAGCUGUGGAUUAUGUUGAAAGAUUUUCUUUUGGUGAUAAUCCUAUUGUUUUAGGAAGUUUGCUUUCUGCUUGUCGAUUACAUGAUGAUGUUUUGAUUGGGGAGCGUUUAGGUGGAAAACUUAUGAAAGUUGAACAUGGUUCUACGUCGCCUUUUGCGCUAUUGUCGAAUUUGUAUGCUUUAGAUGGAAUGUGGGAUAGUGUUGCGUCGGAAAGAAAGAAGUUGAAGGAAAGUGGAUUGAAAAAGGAGGCGGGUUAUAGCUCGAUUGAAACUAUGGGAAUUGCUAACAAAUUUACGAUAAACGAUUAUUCCCACUCGAGAAUGGAUGAGAUAUUGUACAUGCUUCGAAUUUUGAAUUGGGAAGUAGUGGGAACAUUUGUCCUGUGAGAAUUGUAAAUCAACUGUAUAAGAUUUUGAAAAAUUAAUGUCUGAUUUUUUUUUUCUUAUAAGAAGAAUUGACUGA